GACAGCCUCAGUCAAAGGGGUCCUGGAUCCUGGCUUCCAUUGCCAGACCUCCUGACUGUCUUGGGAACCCAUCCCCAGGCUCCUCUGCAGACCCAGGGGCUCCUCUCCUAGCAUCCCCAUCAAGAUCACCUGACUCCAGAAGCUGCCAAUCCCCUGGCCAACGCCAAGAGCCUCCUGGCCUCAAACGGGUUGGGCGACAUUCACUUCCCUUCACUGUCCUCCCGACCUGCUCAGUCAUUAGGAAAUGCCUCAGCGGCGGCUGUCACAGUGACAGCAGCAGGAAGACGUGCCGUCUGCCCAACACCUGUGGGUGGCUCAGAUCUGCUCCGCGGAGGACGCGGUGGAGAGGCGGACGCUGCUCUCCCUGGUCCCAGCCAAAGCCUGUCUCCCAGUGACUUGUGGCCAUUUCCAAAAUACCAGACAUAUCCUCGAAGCAUGAAAAUCUGCCUUUACCAGGGUUAAUCAGAAGGUUCUCUAGCUGCCUUAGGCAGCCCAGGAAGAAUUUGAAGAAUGAGUGGGCCGUGGCAGGUGGACGUAGGAGCCCACAGCUCCCUGCCGUGACGACACAGAGGGCCAGUGGGCACUUGGAUGUCUAAGGCCCUGCCUCGGCAGAGUGGCCAUGUCAGAAGGGGAGAGCAAGGACAGCUCGGGCAGCGAGUGUCCCGUGUGCUACGAGAAGUUCCGCGACCUGGACGGCGCCAGCCGCACCCUGAGCUGCGGCCACGUGUUCUGCCACGACUGCCUGGUCAAGUACCUGCUCUCCACCCGCGUGGACGGCCAGGUGCAGAGGACCAUCGUCUGCCCCAUCUGCCGCUACGUCACCUUCCUCAGUAAGAAGAGCUCCCGCUGGGCUUCCAUGCUGGACAGGAGCUCCCAGACCUUGGCCGUGCCCGUGGGCCCCCUGGCCGCCUCCCCGACGGCCUGGAGGCCGCCCCCCAGCCAGGGCGCCCAGCUCCCCUCGGACCCGCCGCCCGGCCUGGCCCGGGAGCCCCAGGUCUUCGUCAUCAGCCGCCACGGGAUGCCCCUGGGCGAGCAGGACAGCGUGCUGCCCCAGCGCAGCCUGGCCGAGCUGUCGGAGGCCUCGCCGGCCCCCAGCUCCCGCCGGGCCUUCUGCUGCCGCUCGCGGGCCCUGCUACUCAUCACCCUCAUCGCCGUGGUGGCCGUGGUGGCCGCCAUCCUGCCCUGGGUGCUGCUGGUGAGGAAGCAGGCCUGACAGCCGCCCUGGGCCGACCGGGGGCCUGGACGGGCGUCCUCACUUCUCACCUCUGGCUCCUCCCGCCCGGCGGGGGCCCAGGGAGGCUGGGGCUGAGCUCUGGGCCCAAACAGGAACACCAGGUUCCAGGCCAGGGUGCGGAAGGCAGUGGAGGCCCCUCAGGAACCACGGCUGCGCUCCCCACCCCCCGGGUGGGGGUUGGUGGUAGCCUCAGCAGAUCCUC